GGCCAGCGUCCGGAGCCGGCGGCCGGCCGCCAGUCGCCGCCGAGGAGAGUGGAGGGGUGGACGCACGUCGGACGAUCCGUGACCGUGGCCUGCCGACGCGCCGAGCCAGUGAUCAGUCUUUCUGUGGACCGGGGAACGGUAGCCGCCUCAGGGCCGCACGUUCUGCCCGCGGCGCUCGUUCAGUCAGUGGACGGACGGAGAGUUUUGACCGGCGCGCUGCAUUGUGACAUGUGAGAGGACGCCGACUCGGGGAAACAGAUCUCAGACGAUGCCGAGACGAGUCGGCGCGAUGCGUUGGCUAACGUCGGCCUUGUGCCUUCUUCUGCUUCAUCUGUCAUCAACACACGCAGCUGGGCCUCGCUACCGGACCGCCUACGCCUGCGAGCACUCAAACCUCACAUUCAGCUGUGAGCAGGGCGAGGUGAUCCACGUGGUGCGCGCCAACUUCGGCCGUUUCUCCAUCACCAUCUGCAACGAACACGGCAACACGGACUGGAGCGUCAACUGCAUGAGCCACCGCUCGCUGCGCAUCCUCACAGACAGAUGCGGUGAAAAGCAGAGCUGCAGCGUGCCCGCUUCCGAGUCGGAGUUCGGUGACCCGUGCCCCAAUACGCACAAGUAUCUGGAGGCGCACUACAUGUGUGUUCGUGCCGUUCAGCCGACCACCAAGAAGGCGCCUCCGGCCUGGCUGACCACGCAGCCGCCGCCGCCUUCCAUCCUCACUGAGUCGCCGUUCAAGCCUCCGCCGCCGCCGUUCACAACGACGACGACCACGACGACAACAACGACUACGACAACUCCCAGUACGACCACCACCACGACAACCACGACGACGACGACGACCACAGCUGCGCCCAUCUCUGUCGUACCGCCCAACCCUCACCGCGACCGCGACCUGGUCGAGACUCACGAUGACGUCGAGCUGGACGGUCGUCACGAGGAGAUCACGGGCGUGCACACGGAGCCCCGUCGGCCGGACGCUGGAGGUCGCCGGCCGUACCAGGAGCCGCCACCCGCCCAUCGCGGCUACUACAGCACUCCGGCGCCGCCGCCACCACCGAGGUCCGACCCGGAGCGUGUCCCGGUACCGGCAUCACCGGCCGACCCCGCCGACACGGCCUGUCCGCCGACCGAGAGUCGCGGCGUCACCUGGAACUGGACCGGUGUGGGUGAGGAGGAGCGCCGGCCGUGUCCGCACGGCGCGCAGGGGGAGGCGCGCUGGGGCUGCCGGCAGACGGCCGCCGGACCCCGCCGCUCGCCCCCGCAGCCCGACCUCAGCGCCUGCCGCUCCCUGUGGCUCAGCUCGCUCGAGGAGCGCUUCCAGGAGCGUGAGAACGUGCUGAAGAUCUCCAGCAACCUGGCGGACGUCACCGAUGACCAGCCGAUGCUGGGAGGUGACCUCGAGGCGACGGUGCGUCUCAUCAACGGGCUGCCGCUGCAGCUCAACUCAGGGACUUUGGAUACGCUGGACCCUCAGCAGCGCGAGGCAGACGUGGCUGCUCUCACUAAGACGAUCGUACGCACCACGAGCAACCUCCUGGAGCCCGAGCAGCGUCAGAUGUGGGGAGACUUGGGCGAGGAGCGCGCCCGGCCCGUGAUGACCGAUCUGAUGCUCGGCCUGGAGGAGAACGCCUUCCUCCUGGCAGACAGUCUGGCUGAGGAGAAGUCGGUGGUGCAGUUCAGCGAGAACGUGCUGUUGUCAGCUCGCCUGAUGACCGUCUGGACCCAGGAGGCUGUCGAGUUCCCCUCGGAGGAGGAGCGUGAACAGUUGACGCAGGUGAAGGACUACGUGCGAAUCCCUGGCGAGUCGCUGCAGGCUAACUCGGACAAUGGCCGCGCUGUGGUGGUGUUCAUGUCCUACGAGGGCAUGGACGACAUCCUGAAGCCCUCGGAGCAGCGCUCCGGUAUCCCUGAGCAGCAGCCUGCGCCUGGCGAGCCUCACGUGCGACCUAUCGUCAACUCUCGCGUUGUGUCCGCCUCGCUGGGUAAGGGUCGCCACGUGGAGCUGCCCUACCCGGCUCUGCUUGUAUUCCGUCACCUCAACACGGAGAAUGUCUCCAACCCGCGCUGCGUUUACUGGGACUACACGCUCAACUACUGGUCCGAGAAGGGAUGUCGCCGGCUGGCAACUAACGACUCACACACGACCUGCGAGUGCGACCACCUGACCAACUUCGCCGUGCUCAUGGACAUCCACACGACGCCGCUGUCGGAGACACACCGGAUCUCGCUGGAGGUCAUCACAUACGUGGGAUGUGGCGUGUCCAUCGUCUGCCUCCUGCUGGCCAUCAUCACCUUCCAGUUCUUCAGGGGACUGAAGUCGGACCGCAACUCGAUCCACAAGAACCUGUGCAUCUGCCUGCUGAUCGGAGAGGUGGUGUUCCUGGCCGGUAUUGGUCAGACGCAGGACAGGGUGCUCUGCGGCGUGGUCGCCGGUCUCCUGCACUAUUUCUUCCUCGCAGCCUUCGCCUGGAUGUUCUUCGAAGGCUUCCAGCUAUACGUAAUGCUGAUCGAGGUAUUCGAAGCAGAGAAGUCGCGGAUCCGGUGGUACUACCUGGCCGCUUACGGUCUGCCGGCGCUGGUGGUGGGAAUUUCCUGCAUCAUCGACGCCACCAGCUACGGCACGGCCGACUACUGCUGGCUGGCCACCGACAACUACUUCAUCCUGGCCUUCGUCGGGCCCGUGGUGCUUGUUAUUCUGGCUAACCUCGUGUUCCUGGCGAUGGCUGUGGCCAUGAUGUGCCGCCACUCAGUCGCCACAGUCACCAUGAAGUCCAAGGAGCAGUCUCGCCUUUCAUCAGCCAGUGACGAGGAGGAGAGUGUGAUCGCCAUGAAAAUGAAGGCCCAUAUCGCCUGGAUCCGCGGCGCCGUGGCUCUGGUGUUCCUGCUCGGGCUCACCUGGUCGGUCGGACUGCUCUACAUCAACCAGCGCAGCGUCGGCGCCGCCUACGCCUUCACCAUCCUCAACAGCCUGCAGGGACUCUUCAUCUUCUUCUUCCACUGCGUCCAGAACGAAAAGACCCGCAGCGAGUACCGCCGCUUCUUCAGCGCGUGCAGCUGGCUGCCCGACUGCCUGCGCCCGGCCAAGACCAAGGACACCAGCUUCUAUAGCAACACGCAGUCCAACACGCAGACGACGCACGCCGCCGGCUCGCCGACCACCGUGGGUACCCCGUUCGCCUAUACGCCCGCCACGCUCCUGCCCGCGCACCAUUUUUCGUCGUUCAAGUGUCACGAGGCGGCGCCGCCGCCGCCGCACCGUCACCACCUCCGCCACCACCUCCAGCACCACCGCCUCCCGUCGGUCGGUGUCGACGCCGACGCGCGCUGCCCCUCGCUGUCCGAGCCGGUACAGUACGCCGAGCCGUACGCCACGGGCAACUACAGUCCGCCGACGGCCGGCCGCCACCCGUACGACCUCAGUCGCAGCUCCAGUUACCUCCUCAAAGUAUCUGGCGAACAUGUGGACACAGCCGGAGGAGGACCCCAGCAAAGAGCGUGCGGCCACGACUACAGAGACGCGGAUCGGCCCCGGCUCGCUGCGGACCCCUACUCAUCGCAGCCUUACGCGUGACAAGAAGUCUGCCAGCAUGCGCUCGGCCGGCCACGACAGUGGUAACGGCGGCUCGGCGUCGGACUCGCCGCCGCGGCUCAACACCUACCCGCUGCAGCAGCUCAGCGGCUCGCUGGUGCCCAACCCGGACUUUUUCGCCGUGGCCUACAGCCAGCAGCGGUGGCGGCCGGCCGGCGCGGCCGCCUCGGCCGGUCACCCGUACGUCGAGGUCGGCGAGCCCGUGUAUGAGGAGAUCGACCGCGAGCCGCACGGCGACCUCAGCGAUGAGGAGCUGCGCCGCCAGAGCGACAUCUCGCGCCAGAGCUCGCGCAGUUACGGCGACUCGCGGCCGCUGAUCCCGUACUACCCGGAGCCGGCGGGCGGCGAGCAGGCGGCGCACGAGCGCCGGCUGGCGGCCCAGGUGGCGCUGGCCACCGCGCCGCCGCCGCCCGACACCUACACACUGGAGGCGCUGGCGGCGCGGCGCCAGCCAGUCUCGGCGCUGUGCGAGAGCAAUCUCAGACACUUCAACCAGCGCCAGGUGAUGAGUGACAUUCAGCAGCUGCAGCAGCUUCAGCAGCUGCAGCAGCUGCAGGCGGCGGAGCGGCGCGCGGCCGUGCUACCGCCGGCCGCGGUGCGGACAGAGCCCAUGGGUCGGCCGCCAGUGACUGCGCACAAUGUGUGACUGGCCGGACAGUCUCCGUAGCCCCAGUGUGUGAUACCCGCCCGGGCGGCGGGCCUCCGCGCGCGAUCGCUUCAUUCUCUAACCCGACAGAACAGGGCGGAGCGGGCUCGACGGCCGAGCUCCGGACAGUGUGCCCUCGGCGUCAUAUCGGACCCUUGCACACCGCUCCCCAGUGCUGACAGGGUGCGAGCGGAGCCCCGACGCGCGUCUGUUUUGAUGUCCAUGUUCACUCGGCACCGUCAGCCAGCUCUCAGUUGUUGCUAGUGUGUGCGCGUGCGUUCGUGUAGUGUGUGUUCUGAUGUGAUGGUCGCGUGGGCGCGCAUGUGUGUACAUUAAUCUUCAUCUGUGAUAUUAUUAUAUUAAGCUGUCAUAAUGGAGAUGAGAAUAUUAAUAAUAAUGGCUGUUUGAGGAACGUUACUGUGUCGCUAUACGAGAAGAGCUGGCAAGUCAUGAUCUAGGUGAGAGAAAGAGAUGCUGACUAGACGGCUCACGCUCCGUAAAUACAGGCUGAACAUAA